AUGGGUGAUAGGAUUACUCUGCCGGACUCGCCAAUGAGUGAUGAUGGCGAGGAAAGAACCCUUCUCCUGCAAGACCACUUUGAACACCAGCUUGAGAAGUGUUCCGCUCUUUCUGAAUCUGAAUACCUAGAAGAGAGCUCAAAACUCCAGCGAUCUGGAAGAUCGCGGUGCUGGCCGAGCCGAUCAUGGCUCUCCACAUCGUGUUACGCAACGCUGUGGACAGGGAGCGCCAUUCUCCUUAUGACAGCCGGGUACCUGGCAUCGCCAAUGCUGAAAGAGCCAUCUAACAGUGAUGGUCCCCACACUGAAGCACCUACUAUCUGCCAGACCCCGGAAUGCGUCAACGCCGCUUCGGAUAUUCUUCGCAACUUGGACCCCAAUUACGCGAAUAUAGAUCCUUGCACAGACUUUGACCAGUAUGUUUGUGGCGGUUGGAGGAACCAGCAUGAUAUGCGUUCCGACCAGGGCUCGAUCUUCGCAGGGACUUAUAUGGAGGAGGCUUCUCAAACGCGCCUCCGCCAUCUCCUUGAGUCUACUGGACCGUCGGACCCCGCUGACUCAAAGAUAUUCGAGAAAUUGAAGGCUGGAUAUAACGCUUGUUUUGAUGAAGAUGCGGUUAGGAACCGCGGAAACGAGCCUCUGGUGAAAUUGCUGAACGACUUCGAGAAGAUAUAUAGUCUUGAUUCGGCUAUGGGAGGGACUGAAGCCGGCUUGACCGAUUCUGUGCUGUAUCUCUACAAGAGUGGCGUUCCUGCUCUUGUGCUUCCGUCUGUUUCGCCAGACGACCGUGAUCCGGACAAUGUAGUGAUCUUUUUGACACCCCCUAGAAAGAUUGGCCUCCCGGCGAGGGAGUACUACAAUGACACUCAGACUGUGAGCGACUACACCGCGGUUGUUGAGACGGUCCUCGGUGAAUUUGUCGGGAGCAAGAAGGGGAAACAGUUUUCGAAAGACGUCGUAGCAUUCGAGUCGGCCUUGGCCGAUGUGACGCCAACUACGCAGGUGCAAGAGGAUGUCACCCAAUACUACAACCCGCGCAGCAUUGAGGAAACCGAGUCACUUCUACCCCAGAUCUUAAUAUCUGACAUUAUCUCGGACCUUGCCCCAUCGGACUACGAAACUAAUCGUAUAAUUGUGGGCUCUCCGUCUUAUAUGAAAUCGCUGUCCAAAAUUUUGGCGGACACGUCGAGAGAGACUAUCCAAUUCUUCUUCAAGUGGAAAAUCAUUCAAGCCUAUUCUGAGCAUGUUGAAAGUGCCGAGAUUGAGCCACUGCGUGAAUUCAACAAUGUGAUCGCUGGGAAGGAUCCUCAAGCCAAGAUGGACCGGUGGCGCAAGUGCAUCACCACUGUCGAUGAAGAUCUGGGAUGGAUCUUGAGCCGAUUCUACAUCUUGGACGCUUUCCCGGAGGAGUCAAAGAGACUCGGAGAUCAGAUUGUUUCCGAUAUAAAGGAACGCUUCGUAUUCACCCUAGACCAAACCAACUGGAUGUCAUCUGAAGUGAGGAAACUCGGCAUUCAGAAAGUUGGCAAUAUCGUCCAGAAAAUCGGGUACCCGACAAAGAGCCCCAACGUGAUGGACCCAGCCGAUGUAGAGAAAUAUUACCAGAGUCUGUCAAUCUCGAAUGAUACUUACUUCGAGAACGGCCUUGCCGUUUCGAGAUUUGUGGUUGAGAAAGAAUGGUCCGAGCUAGCCCCUACUGUCAAUGCAUACUAUAAUCCCCCUGGCAAUGAGAUCGUAUUCCCGGCCGGGAUCAUGCAGCCACCAGUAUUCUACGGAAAAGGUGCCCCGUUAUACUUGUCCUACGGAGCGUUUGGAGCAGUGAGUGGGCACGAACUCUCUCACGCCUUCGAUUCUACGGGACGUCAUUACGACGAGACAGGGAACUACACGGAUUGGUGGGAUGAGAAAACAGUGAAGGCAUUUGAGGACCGCGCACAAUGCUUCAUCGACCAGUACUCGAAUUUCACAGUCCAUGGCAAGGACUCUGAGCUUCACGUCAAUGGUCGCUUGACUCUUGGUGAGAACAUCGCGGAUGCAGGGGGAUUGACAGCGGCCUAUCACGCCUGGAAGAAGCGCGACGAGGCACAUGCUGACCCCAUUCUACCUGGGCUUUCAUCGUUCAGCAAAGAGCAGGUUUUCUUCAUCUCUUACGCAAAUUGGUGGUGCAGCAAAACGACCCCUGAGAAGGCCCAAGAGGCUAUAUAUAAUGACCCUCAUGCGCCUAAGCCAGCGAGAAUUAUUGGUACCAUGGCGAAUUCCCUAGAAUUCAAAGAGGCAUUCAAUUGCCCCAACAAGCAGCCUACCUGCAAGCUCUGGUAGCUGUGGCUGGAUGCAGGGGCGCUGUUUGUAUAUUAGUACUGUAGGUGUACCGGGAUAUGUAUAAGCAAUGAUAAGUAGCACAUUGUGCGCAGUAGCAUUCAACUGGAUCUUUUGGCAAUG